AUGGAGUCAGCAAGAAUCGUGCUGAGAAAAGACUUGAUCGACCCAAAAACAGACUCCAGCUCCACAGUCGGAUCGGUCUUGAGACUGUCGAGAAGCUGCUCGACUUUUUUCCAGUUGGCAUCAAUGACGUCAAAGUUUAGACCUGGAUCUUCGAACGGCCAGCACCAGAACCGCUGGUGGGUGAUCUCUCUCCAAGACAAUUCCAAAGACUUUUCGACAAAUUUUAAAUACGUCAGGUUGCGGAACAUGAACUGGUACUCGAUCAUCUGGGACUUUGUGAUUAUCAAGUUCAACGGGAACGGCACCUCAACGUCCAAACUAAAGUUGAACACGGAAUACUGGUCAAUCUUCGUAUUGGUAAGAACGUUGGCCUUGACCUGGUUUUCGUUGGCUUCCAAAGUGGAGUUGAGUAAGUUUUUCAACGAACUCAAGUCAGAGGAUGCAAACACUUUAUCUGAGUUGGUGGUCUUUGCGCUCAAGAUCAUAACAAGCUCGUCUAGGAGGGUGUAUUUCGACAAAGAGUGA